CGUCAUGUCUCUAUCAAUUCACACUUCAUUCAACUUCCACUCCAUAUCACAAGACCAAUCCAAUCCAUCAUGCGUAUCGCCAUAGCCGGAGCUGGCGGAUUAGCCAGAUAUAUCAGCGAUGAAUUCCCCAAGCAUGGCCACGAAGUCGUCAUCCUGACCCGAAGCGAAAAGGGCUACUUCCGCAACCGCCCAAACAUCACCCAAACAGUGACCGACUACUCCGUCUCCUCCCUAGUAGCCGCAAUUGGAGACUGUGAAGUGCUCAUAUCCGUGAUACUAUCGUACACCACCGAUUUUAUCGAUGCCCACCUAAACCUCAUCAAAGCAUGCCAACUCAGCCCCAAAUGCAAACGCUUCAUCCCCUCCGAAUUCGGGGGUAAUAUCGAAGAUUACCCCGACCUCCCGUCUUUCUACUGGGAAACCCGCGGACCAGUCCGCAAGGCCCUCCAAGAACAGAAAGAAUUGGAGUGGACGAUCGUCAACAACGGCUGGUUAGUCGAUUACAUUGUCCCGAGACGGAAUCGGUACCUCUCGGAUGUGGGCGAAGCGUUCCCGAUAGAUGUCGAGGAGAAACGGAUUGUUAUCCCGGGCACGGGCAAGGACCUUGUCGAUAUUACUUCUGCCAGGGAUCUUGCUGCUGCGUUGGCUCUCCUGGCCAAGGCCCCUUCCUGGGAGCCGUAUGUGUAUGUGUCCGGGAAGAAGACGUGUUGGAAUGAGCUCGCGGAGUUGGUGCAGAGGCGGUAUCCUCAAAUCCAGACGGUUCGGCGAAUCGGUUUGGGUUCAAUACUGGGGACGAUUCAGAACUCGACGGAUGAGAUGGAGGUAUUACUUGCGUACUAUCAGAUUUUUGUGCCCUUGGGGGCUGGGUCUUUGGAUCCUGCGAAGGUUGAGGCACAGCGGCGAAAGUAUUUCUCUGGGUUGGUGUUUCGGUCUCCCGAGCAGUUGAUUGAUGAGGCUGAGGCGAAACCAGAGAACGUUGUGUGAAUAGGGAAUGUCGGGACGGUUGGAAAAGGGUGAGGUAUAUAGUGUGUUUGGUUGAUGAUGUGAUUAAAAUCGGCUCAUUUAUGAUAGGAGCUCCUACAGUAAAGACAGGUGUUGUACUGCGUGAGAGAAGGGAUCAGUUCAACAAAGGAUAAGUAGAAAAUGAAGUAACACGC